UGACCCUGAAAAACCAUAUCAAGAUUAUAACACGGAGGACAUACCAUUUACUGAUAAACAAUUAAAUAUCUCUUGCGAGACUGAGCAAAUGCUCGAUGAUUCAAUCUUCCUCUUGAAAUUUAAUUGCCCCGAUCGAAAUUGUGUGAUCACUUGUGAAGGAGGCUGGCCAGUUCUAAAACGACAUUGCAAGCAGGUUCACAACAAACACUUAUGUCAUUUAUGUACGCAAUUUAAAAAAGUAUUUGCACAUGAGCAAUCACUUUUCACAAAAAAUCAACUUGAUCGACAUUACCGGCAAGGCGAUCAGUAUGGUCAGUCGGGAUUUAAAGGACAUCCUCAAUGUGAAUUUUGUCAAAUAUCGUUUUAUGGUGACGAUGAACUAUAUGACCAUUGUCGCGACAGACACCAACAAUGUGAAAUAUGUAAAAAACGCGGCAUAAGACACGAAUAUUAUGUGGAUUAUGAUUCUUUGGCUGAACAUUUCCGAGAGCAACAUUAUUUGUGUAAUGAUCCAGAUUGUCUAGCUCAAAAAGUAAUUGUGUUCGAAACGGACAUUGAUCUUAAAGCGCAUGAGGUGGAAGUUCACGGUUCUAGUUUUGCUGGUCAAAGAGCAAAGCACGAAGUACGACGAAUAGAAGUAAAUAUUUCAUACACCGAUUCGCGAGAGAGGAGGCGCAGUAUUGAAAGGGAAUUACGACCAGCAUCGUCGUCAACAGCAUCUUUUUCGUCUUCACAUCAUCAAUUUCCACCAUUUUUUAUAAGUCGUCAGCAGCGUCUUGAAUCUGAAGCAAACCGUGCUCGUAUUUUACAGCUUAAUUCUGAAGCAAACCGUCUUGAAUCUGAAAACCGUGCUCGUAUUUUACAUGCGUCUUCUCAAGAAAUGAUCGGCACAGAAAAUGCCGAACAAAUAAAUGAAACACAGUCUUCCACUUCUUCGUCUUCUCUAAAAAACACGGUGGAAACUCGUGUUGCAGAAACAAAAAGUAAUAAUGAUUUUCCCGCCUUGAACCAAUUGACUAUGCUAACUUCAACAACUAAAGGAAGUACCCAACAACAAGCCGGAUCUAGUCAAUCUAAAGCUGGUUCUACAAGUCAAGCAAGUAAACAAAAUCAAAUUUUCCCGGACUUUCCUAAACUCAAUAGCAUUUCUAAUAAAAACCAAGAAAAGCCCACCGCUGGAACAUCUAGUAGUGGCAAGCAAGAAAAAGGACAAAAUGGAACUCUGACUGAAAACGGCCAAUCGGUUGUUGAGAAGCAAAAAACCGAUCAAACUACACCUCUUAAAGGGAAAAAUCCUGAUCAACCUGCCUCUUCAAAUUCAAUAAAUCAAUUAAUGCCUGCUAAAGCUUAUAACACAGUGGUUGCUCAUGAUAAGACAAAACAAUCUUGGACUGAGAAAGAGAUAAUAGCACAACAUGCAAUUUAUAUACAGAGAAUUACCGAAUUUCUAAAUAAAGAUGAUUCUAAACUAUCAAGAUUUAAAUCCCUUACUUCUGCAUUCAAAAAGACAUUAAUUGAUGCCAAAGAUUUUAUUGAUGAUAUUUGGCCUCUAUUCAAUAAGAAUUCGGAAAUUGUGGGUAAAGUGGUUUCUGGACUGGCCGAUUUGCUAGAUUCCGAAACUGUCAAGAAGAAUUUAUUAAGUGCAUGGGAAGAUCGCAAAGCAACAUCCAAUAUUUCGGCGAAAAAAUCCAACUCGGAAACAAAAACGGCCAGGGUUUUGGUUAUAAAAUCUUCUACACACCCACCAAACAGUCUUGUUUGGGAUAAAGGUCUGAACUCUGCUUCUAAAUCUAAGACAUCCUAUAACAAGAACAAUUCCAGUUUCCCGACAUUAGCAGCAGCUACCGUAGUAGGAAACUCUGGAAUAAACAACGCCUGGAAAGGCAACCGUCCUCAAUUCAUAAGAACUGAAUCAUCAAAGGCCGGUGCAUCCGAAAUCACUUCAUCAAGUGAACAAUCAGUCAGUUUUCGGCGGGGAAAACCAAUCAAACUUGAAGAUGUUACCAACGGAGGUGAAGAAUUCCCAUCACUUAUCAAAGCAAAACCAUCAUCUUCAGAGAGACAAGCUGGAGGUGAUUCUUCAGCUGAACAUCGAUCCAACCACACGCCAAUUACUCUUAAUCCAAAUUUCAAUUCAUCACUCUCACAUUACCUUCAAGUAUGUCCUCAAUCAUUUGGAUAUAGACUAACGGAAGUCGCGCAACAAAAGAUCUUGGCAAAGCUGUUUUCUGAGUUCUGGUCUCAAAAUGAAAACUAUGUAAAACUCUUUUUUCCGAAUGGGGUUGGUGAAGGCUCUGAAGCAUAUAAACUGAAUCACACUCAAAAUGACCUUGGAAUAGAGUACUCGCCUGCUCACAGGGGUAGAUCUUGUGGUCAUAUCUUCAAGAAAGGUGAAAGCGUCUAUCGAUGCAGAAACUGCUCUUUAGAUGUUACAUGCGUCUUUUGUUCGCGCUGCUAUCAUGCAACAAAUCACGAGGGACACGACAUAAGCUUUUCAAUUCAUAAUGGACACGGUGGAUGCUGUGACUGUGGUGAUCCAGAGGCUUGGAGAGUGCCAAUUAACUGCAUUUACCAUGCUCCAGAUCCUUCAGUGACAGAAUCAUUCGAGCUCGAGAAAAAAAGAUUCGAAGAGAAUCUUCCACAAGAUCUUCUUACCUCAAUUCAUAAUACAAUUUCGACAGUACUUGAAUUCAUAUUGGACACUUUAUCGACAUCCCCUAAGGAAAAGAUACCACCGAGAUCAAUUGACGAGGUGAAACAAGAGGCUUUAGCUACUGCAUGUGCAAUAGGUAACAAUACAGUCGAAGACAUGGAACAAGAGAAAAUGUUCGCGGUGGUACUUUGGAAUGAUGAACAUCAUUCUUUCAAUGAAGUCAUAGAUCAGGUUACUGCUGCGAUUGAGUGUUCCGAAGCUGAUGCAAAACGUAUAACCGAAAGAGUUGACUCUUAUGGUCGUGAUAUUGUUAUGUUAUCUGAAAAUAUUCAAAAACUACUCGAUAUAGCACGUCAGAUAUCACCAAUAGGUCUAGCUGUUACUAUUCGUUCUGCGCGUGACACUUUUCGGGAAGAAAUGUGUGGUCUAUUAAUUAACUGGCUCAAAGAUUUAGCAAACGGGAAGGUUGGCUCACAUUCCACCCUAUUAAGAGAUAUAAUUUGCAAAGAACUCACAAAAGAAUGGAAAAAAGAUCCAAAGAGCAAAAUUAUAAAAUCGGUACAACCUUAUAGGAUUGACCAAGACGAAUACAUGAUUUAUGAAGAUGACGUAAUGGAAAGAGCUGGAGGAGACGAUGAGGGGCAAGUUGACCAAGAUCAAUUAAGUGACUGUAAUCAAUCCGGAGGUGAUUAUGAAAUGAUUGCAGCAGAUGAAUUGCUAGACAGUACAGAGCCAAUGGACGAAGAUGACAAUAUAAUUAUAAAACAAAAGGCUAGUGAUUUUUUGAAAGAACUUAGACUUGAUAAGUUAUUAACUUUGGACCACAGACUCUGGAAAGAGGCGCGUUCUGGAUUAAGAGAUUUAUAUACCGCCACUCUUAUCGUAAAUUUAGAGUACAAAAAAAUAUUGGGAAUCCGAUUUGUGCGAAACUAUAUGAAGCUUGUAGAUGCUUUUCUGACACAAGAUCGGGAACCCGAACAUUCAAUCAUCCUCUUCACAGUGCAAUUUUUCACUGUACCCACCAUCGCAACUACAUUAGUCAAGAACUACAAUUUCCUAUCAACAAUUUUCACAAUACUACGCGAUUUUUUCAUCGCAAAUCAAAUCAAUGGGCUAGGAAAUAUUGAAAGUAACGCGAAACUCAAUUGCGAAUCAGAUAGCUUUAAGAAUCGGCGUUACUUUCACAUAUUUUGUGACCUCCGUUACAUAAUCGGAAUGGCAAAUGUACGAAAGAUUGUGCCAAAAAGCCCAUAUAAUUUGCAAGAGUAUCUCGAUCUGAUUGGAUUAUUUCAAGGAAUGAAUCCUAAUAUACGCGCAGCACAGCAACACGUGGAAUACGAAAACGAUAGCUGGAUGAACGCAUUUAACGUGACGUUGCAGCUAGCAAAAAGCUGUCGCCAAUUUUCUUCAUGUUAUGUCUCGGAUACGCGGCUUUUGACCGACACGAUACGCAUAGUUUUGCGGAAAAUAUAUCUCUGGUCGUCGAGACGCGAUAUCAAAAAUGAAAAUGAAGGGGAAAAAAUGAAUGAGACGAGUCUUCGGGGUACUCAUAUCCAACAAUCACGUGAUACUUGGUCUUCGGUAUUUCAGUAUCCUGAGACGAACAAUGAUAAUAGAAAAGUGGGAUUAAGACAACAAGAAUUUCAUGAAGUUGGAUUUCCUUCUAAUCCUUAUAUUCCCACAUUUAAGGUAGUAAAGUUUAAUGUUACCUCACAACCAGUGAGCUUUCAUCAUCCUCUGCACUGGUUCUUGGGCGAAUUAUUAGAACAUAUUGAAUUGUUAAACGACGAGACGCUUAGGCAACACGGUUGGGAUAGUUUCCAAAAUAUGAUAUUGAGUUUUGAUGUGGAAAAUGACGAAGAUAUCGAUCGUGCCAAGGAAAAAAUCCUUGAAAUUUUCGAUUAUCCUUUACGUGUGUUGGUUUUGCUGGUACAAAUUCGCUCCGGAUUAUGGGUUAGAAAUGGAUUUGGUAUUCGUGGACAAUGUCUUCAUUAUCGAGAAGUCUCUCUUCGAGAAAACACAUACGAUGAAGAUGUCUUCUUGAUUCAAACCGCUUUUAUAUUAAAUGAACCAAAUUUGAUGCUUGCUACCAUUUUGGAUCGUUUUGACAUGGUCGACUGGUUUGGCGGCAAAAUUUCGCAUCAAGUAUAUGACAACCUGCAACUGAUAUUCAUGGCCGAAGAGCUUUUGACAUUAUUAAUUGUAUGUGUCAGUGAACGUGGAACUGCCGCAGGAUUGACUACUAAACAGAAAAUCCGGCGAGAAAUAAUCCACAGUCUCUGUCUCUCGCCACUUGCAUAUUCCGAACUUAUUAAACGUAUUCCAGAGAGACUUCACGAAGAUUCGUCUUUUGAUGAAAUUUUGGGACAACUUGCCACCCAUCGUAAUCCCGAUAGUCUGACUGAUCAUGGCACCUAUGAACUUCGCGAUGAAUUCUAUGACGAAGUGGAUCUUUAUUUCGUUCAUUAUUCUCGCAACAAUCGUGAAGAAACAGAAGAAGCGUUAAGAAAUAGACUUAAAAAGAAAAUGGGAGCAUCUAGCAUGCCCUCUCCAGCACCUUUGAUCGUUCCCAAAUUAAUUCCCAUAACAAACGGACCUUUUGUCAGAUUAGGAAAUUUUUUGCAUGCUCGACUUAUGAAUCAAAUUAUAUUUUACGCUCUAUGGCAUGUGAAACAUGACAAGAUUAAAUCGGAUACACUGGUCGAUGAGGCAUUACAUUUAGUGAUGUUGGCUUUGGUAGAUGAAAACAACGACAUUGCUCGAGAAAGUAAACGCAAGGGAAAACAAAAGGCCACGUCAUCAUCUUUAUCAUCCCAAAUUAGUAUUACUUUAGACAAGGAAAGGCCUGGGUUCAUGCAUUAUGCAGUUUCUGAUUAUUUCCCGGUUGACAUUGAUUCAUCAUUCCAUUCUGAAGGAAUUAACCUCUUGACUCUUUUGCUUCAAUUAUCCACCGACCCAUUAUUCAAAGAAUUUUUGCCGAAAUUUGAAUUCAUCACGAAUAACUUCGAGACAAAUGGUAAUGAAGAUGUGAAGUUGAUAAUCAGUACACAUCGCGAUAGACAACGCGCUGAAUUGAAGGCCAAAGAAGGUAAAGAAAAAGGAUUAUCGGAUUUCGAACGCAAAAAACUUGCAGCGAAAGAAAGACAAGCAAAAAUUAUGGAACAAUUCGCAAAAGCCCAACAAAGUUUCAUUGAAAAACACGAAGAUUUAUACGAAGAGGAUGAAGAAAUGGGUGAAAAUUGGGAAUUUGCUGCUGAUGAAGGCCAUUCAGAAGAUAAAGAGAAACUAAACACAGAGACUAUCUGGUCAUAUCCUACAGGCACGUGCAUAUUGUGUCAAGAAGAAACUAAUUUGUCAGCGCUUUAUGGAAUGCUCGGAUUGAUUCAACCGUCCAAUAUGUUGAGAACAACUCCAUUUGACAAUAAAGAUCAUAUGGUGGAAAUAUUGGAUUUACCAGAAAGCUUGGAUCGUAAAUAUGAACGUAAGCAGCCAUUUGGUGUUGCAUCAACAGCCUUCUCAACUAAUGAAAAUACAAAAUAUGGUGAAACAUUGCAAAAUGAUUUGAUCAAAGGAUUUCCUACUAAAUCAUGCAAAAAAGGAUUAUACGCGUCAACGUGUGGACAUUUAAUGCAUGUAAAAUGUUUCGAAACCUACUUUGCCUCGAUAGAGCAAAGACAUCAAUCGCAAUUAGCAAGAAAUCAUCCAGAAGAAGCAGCACGUAAAGAAUUUAUGUGCCCGCUUUGUAGAAGUCUAGGAAAUGCAUUACUUCCAAUCGUUUGGAAGGGAAAGAAAGAGACUUACCCGGGAGUUCUUGAAACAAAAGUUGAUUUUGAAAAAUGGCUAAAUGAAGAGAUUGGAGACAUGAUGGAUGCUUUAAGUCAAUUCUCUGAAAUCAAUGCAGUACCACCACAUACGUCUAAAAUAAGUAAUUUCAUGCCUGAUCCCAUUCGAUCCAAUUCAUCCUUAUCCGGAUUAAUUAACGGUGGCCGUUUACCAGAUGAAUCCCGUGAAAUGAUGAAUAAUGUAAACUUACCGGACAAUUCUCAGAAUACUCAAAGACGCCGGAAUAGUAGUAGUGCUGGCAGAAUUCGAGAGGCUAUUACACAGUUUAUGACAGAUAUUUGGAGAGCUCCGCCCGUCUUGCCAACAGCUUCUGAUGAUGAUAAUAAUCGAGAAACCCACAUGGAUCCAUCAGCCAUUAGUCCUGCAGUUGUACCCGAGGAAUAUGAUCAUGAAUCGAUGCGUAAAAUAUAUGAACGUUUAUGUGAUGUAAUUCGUUUGUCCUAUCAAAGAAUACCAGCCAAUGAAUCUUCUACUUCUAAUGAUGUGUCAAUGAAAGGGAUUGAUAAAUUGUGGAAUCUUUAUAGCUACACAAUCUCAUGUGUUGAAAUUCAUCAAAGAGGAAUUGACAGUAUGACAAGUGAAGGAUUACCCGCCACAACUCUUUUAGAUGGGAUAAACACAAAAACUUUGACUCUGUUAAGAAUCAUCUCUGAAACCAUUCUUACCUGCUCUGACAUAAUAUCGAAGGGAACAUCCGGCAAGUUAAAGCGCAUUACCACUAAAAGACUCGGUCAACUAUUUUAUGGAUAUCCUGAAUCUCAAAGUCAACAGAUAACCAGUCUCGCUGGUAAAAGCAAAUCAAUUGCGCACGAUUAUCCACUACUAUUAGAAGAUGCUUUUAUAUUACUCUGUGAACUUUGUGUAAACUCAUCAGAUUAUGGCAUUCAAUCUGAAGUUCAUAAUUUAAUGCAAUUAAUGUACUAUGCUGAGUUGGUCAGAGUAAUAAUAGCAAUUGGUGAUGCCGCUAUCGACGAACAGACAAAAGCAUGGCGUAAAGAUGCACGAUUGCAACAGCAAAGUUCAUCAAAGAAAAAACAAGAAACACUUCAAGACUUUAUAAUAUGGACAUUGGAGCAAGUGGGAAAUAAUAAAGCAGAUAUUUCUAGUUUCUUGGAAGACGUGGAUGAAUUUGUCCUAGAAAAAAUGAUACGUUCUUUUUGUUUGCCAUAUCUAAGAAAAUGUGUCAUUUUAAUGCAUACGAAAUUUGGUGUGGUUUUCCCUAAAACUGGAUCCGAAGUGGAUAUUGAUGAUGAAUUCACAAGACUUUCUCAAAUAUUGAGAUUACCUUCCAUAAAAGAGAUAUUCGCCACACUACUCACUUCCACAAAGGAAGAAUCUACGCUAGUGGCAAUUGUGAGCGGCUGGUGUGAGCAUCUCAAACAACGACGAAUCGAAGUUAAUCGCGUUAAAUUUACGCCUUCAUCUUCGCAAACUAUAUAUCUUGGCAGUGUACCUGUCAAUAGUACUCCCCUCUCCUCUUUCUACCCAUCGUCACCGUAUUAUACACUGCCACAACCGCCAAUAAGAAUUAAUCAUCCAGCCAUAUUUGAAUUGGUGGGAUUACCGCAACGACUAGACUUGCUAUUUGAGACAAGUCUUCGUAAAGUCUGUCAAAAAUGUAACACCGUUCCAAAUGACCCAGCGUUAUGUUUAUUAUGCGGAACUUUUGUGUGUUUUCAAAGUUAUUGUUGUUCAGAACGUGAAAGUGGAGAGUGCAAUUCACAUGCAAGAAGUUGUGGAGGCGAUAUCGGAAUUUACUUCCUUGUCAAAAAAUGGGUAAUCCUUUUGCUUCACCUUAAUAAUGGUUGUUUCAUGAACCCGCCAUAUUUGGAUAAACAUGGUGAAGUGGAUCUAGGAUUGAAACGUGGACGGCCGCAAUUUCUAAAUCUUAGGCGAUAUGACGAAAUCCGUAAUUUAUGGCUUACGCAUGAAAUACCAAUACGCGUAGCACGAAAGAUUGAACAGUCUUUUGACUUGGGUGGAUGGUCAACUUUUGAUUUGGGUGGAUGGACAACUAUGUAA